GAGGAUGGGGUUGAGACUAAGUCGCUGCUAGCCCUUGCAUGGACCACGUCGUUUCAUCAUCGUCUGUUAGGAAGAAAUUAAAAUGCCGUAUGUGUUAGUGGGACGAACAACCAACUUCAAGGGCAAAAGAUUAUGGGAGAUUGUUGGCUGCCUUAAAAAUUUUGGUGUAGGGAGAAUGGUGGUGAGGAGUACCUUUGAGAGGUACCCAGAGCCAUGCUUCUACAGAAUUGUUAAUGCUGAGCCAGAGAUGGACACCGGGCGGCCUCAUAUGGGUGAGGAUAACAUGAAAGGAAAAAUACUCGUAGAGAAGGUUUUCCGUGGCAAAAACUGUGGUGUAGUGAAUAUGUCUAAAGUCGCUUACAAAACUGACUUUCGUUUAAUACAUAAAAUUGAGGAAGCUAAAUAUUUGCAGUCCUAUGAAAAUUUUACACCUCCUGAACAAAAGAUUUUUCCACAAACUAUGGAAAUGCCUCCUCUUUUGAAGAUUGUUGCAGAAAGGGAAGGACAUGCUUCGAAUGUUCUCAGACUCACUAUGUGUAGAAACAGUGGUCGUAUUGCUAAAGAUGGAGAGGAAUCCACAGCUGAAUUAUGUGUUGGGCUCGACACUCCACUUAGCCCACAGCUUUACAAGGGAGUAAUAUAAUCAUUUGAUUUUGGCUGGAAAGCUAAUUUAAUGUGUUUAAAUGAAAGAUAAAGAGUGGUAAUUGUAAAUACAUUUGCAUUCAAAAAGUUUAUGUCACUAUGAGAUUCUUGUAUUAAGAAAAGUAAGUUUAUAUUACAUAUAUACUGUACUCCCUUUUUAAUUGGAUUUACCUUUGCAUAAUAUAAUGGUGUAUGAUGAAGUCUGUUAUCUCUUCUACAAUACUGUGUCUGUAUGACCUAAAGGCCUCAGUAAUUUGUUAAAAAUGUAUUCUUGUAAUAUAUUUGAUGAUUUAGUAUAAAUUACAGUUUGUUUGUUUUUGAA